AUUUUAACCUCCACUAGCAGUAGAUUUGUCAAAUCAAAUCUGGUCACGCUGGUAAGCUCAAAUAUAUUAAGUGUAUAAUCUAUGCUGGUAAGGGAGUACCAUUCCCCCAUUUCCCCCCUCUAAUACACUAUAAUCGUCGUCCUCCUGAUGUACGGUCGUUGACAAGAGAAGCUCGAUAUAAAAAAGUAAUGAAAUAAAUCGAAUUACUCAUUAACCUUCUGCAUAAAGAGUAAGCAAUGGGAAGUACAACUACCUUAUCAAAUGAACAUGCGGACGCUUUCAGUUCAAUAAAUGAAAGACCGGUGGAUGAUAUUUCACUGGAAUUUUUCUACAAACCUCAUACUAUAACGUUAUUAGCUGUUUCGAUUGCUUCAGUUAUUUAUACAGCAUUUGUCAGAGAUGAAACAAAUACACAAGAUAACUUAUGGUCUGGAAUUUGCUGUGUAAUUUUCUUUUUCCUUAUAAUAUCAGUCCUCACAUUCCCUAAUGGCCCAUUUACUAGACCACAUCCAGCUGUAUGGAGAAUUGUUUUUGGGAUGUCAGUACUAUAUCUUCUUGCACUGUUGUUUCUUCUAUUUCAAAGCUAUUCCACUGUUUAUGAGAUAAUGUAUUGGGUGGAUCCUAAUUUAAGAAAUUUUCACAUUGACAUGGACAAGGAGUAUGCUGUUAACUGUACAGACAUAACUUUAGCAAGAGUGUGGUCUCAUGUUGAUGUGUUUGCAUGGGGCCACUUUUUAGGUUGGGCUUUUAAAGCCCUACUAUUUAGGCAUGCAGGCUUAUUGUGGGCUAUUUCAAUAAUGUGGGAAAUAACUGAGAUAGCAUUUGCACAUUUGCUCCCGAAUUUCAAGGAGUGUUGGUGGGACUCUCUUAUUUUGGAUGUUUUGAUUUGUAAUGGGUUGGGUAUUUGGUUUGGUCUCAAAAUAUGUAAAGCUUUAGAAAUGCGAGCAUACAAAUGGGUCAGUAUCAGAGAUAUAUCUUCUACAACCGGAAAAAUUAAAAGAGCUAUACUACAGUUUACUCCUGUGCAAUGGACUCCUGUGCGUUGGUUAGAUCCCACAAGCACAUACAUGCGUUUCUGUGCUUUGAGCCAACUUGUUGUGUUUUGGCAAAUUUCAGAAUUAAAUACUUUUUUUCUUAAACAUAUAUUUGAAAUGCCACCAUCACACCCACUGGUAAUUGCACGGCUCUGUCUGAUAGGCGUAAUUGUAGCUCCAUCUGUAAGACAGUACUACACAUACGUGACUGAUCCAAAAUGUAAAAGAGUUGGAACACAGUGUUGGGUUUAUGGUGCAAUAAUGGUUACUGAAUCAAUGUUAUGUAUUAAAAAUGGAAAAGAACUCUUUGGUCAAGCUCAAGUAUGCAAUGUUAUCAUAUGGCUAGUUAUCCAAAUGUUAGUGUCCAUAGGAUGUGUCUAUGGGAUGGUGUUAUACCAUCGUUAUUUUGAGUCAGCUGAGGAGUCAGCUGGUGACAGUCCAAAAAAAGCUAACUAAGGGUCUAGUGUACAUAAUUUUACUCAGAAGAUUUGACAGCGUAUAUUUCUAUGGCUUUCGUAACCGCGUAACAUUCGGUGGCCGUGAGGUCGUCUGUAGAUCUACGCUAAUAAAAUUAGAGUAAUAAAAAUAGCCAAAAAUUAUACUACAUACCUGCGUAUGUAGUUUUCCUCAAUAUGUUGUAUGUCUAUUAAUUUAUUGCUAGUUUUAUUGAAUAUUAGAAUUGUAUAAUAGAUCAUAGAUAUAAAUAAUAUCUAAACAUUAUUAGAAAUCUGAAGAACAAACCACGCCUUCUAUAUUGACUUACGCAACUGGAGUGGAGGAACAAAAAAAAAUUCAUUAAAAAUGAAUAAGUUUAUUAAUUUCCUAGUUUUCAAUAUUAAAAAAGGAACGUCUAAUAUAUCCCAAAGAUCGUUCGUGUCCGAAAUUCGACCUACAUCAGUGACACCCUAAGUUUUGGUUUAGUUUUAUGCAUACAGGAUGAGAUGGUACUUAACUUAAAAUAUAGAUUUUGUUGUUGUUAAAAAAUUCAAUACACGCAACAGAGCUAUUGUUGUAUUUGAAAUGUGAUUUUUUUACCAAACGUAAAGGAUAAAUUAAACAUUAAAAUUUUAUUUAUAAAUCUUAAAGAUGUAGUAGAAAUGUACUUUUAAUAUUUAGGUAAAUAUUCAAAUUUCAAAUAAACUUUGGAAAAUUAAAAGUAGUUACUCGUAUUACCUAUAAAGGUUUUAAUUGAAAUAUGACCAGCUCUUUCGUAGUGCUCUAUAUUUUAUUUAAUUAAUACAAUAUCAGUCUGCGUGGACUGAUACCACCGCAUUGAUUUAUUUGCCGCGAGCAAUCUCUCGGGCUGAAGGAGGCGACAUCGUCGUUAACUAAUGCAUUUGAGACUAAUCUAGAGGCUCAAGGACAACUUUUUUCUCAUUGUAUUGUCUAUGCUAACGACUCAAUAUCGGGUCGGCCAUGAGUUAGUCUCCCUAUUCACGCUAUUAAAAUAGCCCAACCGUGUUUUAAAGCAUUACACAUUACUCUCUAAAAAUAUGCUUUUCACGUUAACCGCACUCUCUUGCAACGUCUGUCUCGAUAAUAUGCGUUGCAGCUAUAGCGUUAUCAUCCCAAAUGAAGACUCUUUUUUUAAUCACCUCACUUAAGGUUGGCUGAAAUCAAUAGAAUUAAACAAUUAAAUCACCUCAUUAAGGAAAUUAAUAGAAUUAAAAUACUUUAAUAGUCGAAUAAUAAUAAAUCGAAUUGAAUUUCAAAUAAUCUUUUUUAUCCUGGUGUUGUAGUUACUACCAGCAUCUGUUAAGAAUGUGAGACCAAAGUAAUAAAAUUAUUGUAUUAUCAUAAUAAAAUGUAAAGAAUUCAGUUACGUACAUAUAUAGCUAUAUAGAUAAAAGUCAAAUACAGGUCAAGCUAAUAAAAGCCUGUUAAAGUUGAAAAGGCUGGCAAAAAGCUUACAUCUAAAAAAAAUGUUUGAAAAUCAUAACUCGGAACGAUCUUUUGUGCUACUUAAGUUUGUGUUGUAAUAGUAAUUGUUGUUGGAAAAACAUUCCAAUGUGUGUUUUGUAAAAAUCUAGUAUUACAUUUCCUCAAGUAUUACAUGUCACAUUUUGACAACAAUAAACUUUUAUUCCCAUC